AUGGUCAUCGAAAGCACCUUUGACGAAAGAUGUCAGGCCGGCGCACCUCCAAUUGAAUUAGCAUUUAUGACUGCCAGCAUAUCAAUUGCCUUCAUUCUUACCAACAUCCCAGGCAAUCUUCUUAACAUUUUUGCGGUUGUAUUUGAUCCGAACAAAAACCUACGAACUCCAUUCAACUGGUUAAUCGUUAAUCUAUCAGUAGCUGAUUUGAUUGUCGGAGUUAUUACUGAGCCUUACUUGGCUUAUUACACCAUUAAAGAAGGACUCAGGAGGAAUGAAGAUCCUAAGGAACUAACCUUAACCCACAUGGCUUACUUCAUCUCAUGCACGGCGUCGAUCCUCAGUCUUACAAGUUUGGCAGUUGAACGAUAUCUGGCUGUGAGAAAUCCGAAUACUUAUCGUGACAAAGUGACCAACAAAAGAAUUAUUCUGACAACAAUCUUCAUUUGGUUGAUUUCAUUAAGUUUACCCAACAUCUAUUUUCACGUUGGUUUCACUGCAUACGCAUUCAUAUUCGCCAACACCUCCAUUGCAGUUGCUUUUAUGAUAAUUUGCAUAACCUACACUUUAAUGAGGAGAAAGUUAAGAUCCCGCAGUUUGAGAAUUGAAACAACUUCUUCCACCUCAGCAGACGCAAAUGAAAUCUCACAUGAUGAAAAUCAGUCAACAUUCAAUGUAGAUUGUAUGGCAGCAAAGAAACAACUCUUGGAAGCCAAAAUCACUCAAAUGUUUCUGAUCGUUCUUAUAGCUCUCCUGUGCUGUUAUGGUCCCUCUACGGUGAUGAUAUAUUUCGUAAAUUUUUGUGAAGGCUGCAGUUGUACGACUCUUCACUGGUUCCGUGAUAUCCAUAUUUUGUUUGCUUUGAUGAAUUCAUCUGUUAACUUUUUCUGCUAUGCUUUAAGAUCUCCCAGAUUCAGAAGUGCAUUUGCUAAAUUGCUACGGAUCAAUCGUCGACGUGAUGAUGGUAUAGAACUGUAG